UGACUUUUCUAGUGGAUUCUAUGCAUUCAAACAAUCAUCAUCAAGCUUUCGUUUCUCCUUUUUCUUCAUCGUCUCGUGACCUUGGUUAACGAUUCACUUGAACUCUUGUCUUUUUCUUUCUCUUUUCCAUUUCAUUUUUGAAUUGCAAAUUGUCUUGAAACCUAAACUCCAUUCAAAUGUCUGUUUACAACAAACCAACUAUAAAAAAAAAAAAAAAAAACAAAACAAAAAAGACAAUGCUGUUCCCUACUACGACUAUACCAACUCUUCCAGCAAAGCUUGCUUCUAGUCAGACACCACCUAAACCUUUCAUCAACUGGUCUUUACGAAAAACAACUCCACUUUUCAUCCCAUUCUGUCUCUCUCUUUCUCUCUCCAUCAUGGGUUUUGUUACAACACUUCGGUAAGGCAAUUCCUCACUUUACAUCAUGAUCCACGAAAACAAACUCUGCGACUUUUUCAAAAAUAAUACCGCUCUUGGAAUCCAUAAAACAAGGAUCUACGACGAAGCCCCAGAAGAGAUCAUCUACGCGGCUUCAAGCUUUCCAUUUUUGCAAUGGUCGCUAUCUGAAUCUAUCCAAUUUCUCUUUUGGCUCAAUUCGCCAUCGUUAUGUUAUGUGUCUACCAAUAUCCUUUCAUCACCUCGCUCCGGGGCUCAUCUCUUACAUACUAUGUAGCAGAAUUUACUCGGUUUCGAUGAUUCACUUGCAGAGAGUCCAAGGCUUCUUCUUUGUAUCGGUUGUCGUUUCCAGCUAACCCGAGCGAAUCCCAUUCUUGCUGCUUGUUUGUUUACAGUUGCUACUUUUACAAAACUCGUCCAUUCUCAUUUUGACAAGAGACUCACCGACGCACAGAGAGACACACAAACACACUCUCUCUUUCUCUCCAUACAAAACUAAUUCUUUCUUUGACUCUCAUUCUUCUCAUGCUCUUUCAUUCCCAAGUGUGGCUUGUCUUGUUUUCACAUAGUGAUAGCAUCCCCCCCCCCAUGGAUCUGCCUCCCGUAAAGUCCUGUUUGACUCGUUUACGAUGAGCAAAGAAGUGGAUUUAGUUAGAGUCAUCGGUUCCCAUUCCUUCCUUUCCCUUCCCCACUCAGCUUUACUUAUAUAUAUAUGUAUAUCUUUAUUCACAUAGGAUUUACGAAAGGCAUUUCGUAAUAUCUGACAGUCUUUAAUAUAAUAACAAGUUAGUAUUACGAUACGGUGGUUCAAGAAUUGAAUGUCAUACCCUUCCUCGAUUAGCGAACGCAAACAGAGGAUCGACUUGCAAUUUGCAUGCCGUUUCUCCACCAACAACACACACGAUUGAAGACGAGAAAUUGAGGUGAAGCCUGUUCGAUCAUAUUGAUCUGUUCAAACCAUUUGUCUACCGAAAAAUUGCUUUACGCAACUAGAAUUCACUGGUAGUCGUUGGUUUGAUAUGGCAGUGAAACCAGAUGUUACUAUCGGUCGAUUUUCAGAUGAAGAAUUUGCCAAAAGCAACCAUUCUCACUUCAAUUCACUUCCUUCUCAUCAAUCCCAUCCCCCAACUAUAAUGCUCGAAACACAUGGUCCUACUUCUUUGUCUCCGUCAUCACCGACCUCGUCUUCUCCUUCGCCUUCCCCUUCCUCGUCUUCCGCUGCGUAUAGAAAGCCACAAAGGAAAGCGCGAAGCCAAUCCCUCGUUUCCUCACCCAGCAGUCCGUUCAACGAGAAAACGCAGGUACAUCCGCCUGGUCACAUUCAAGACCUGUCGGUCGUUUUGAACACUUCCAAUCACGCGGUUCCUCAAUUGUCGGUGGCUCCUCCUCCUCCCGAAACUGAUCCAAAUUUGCAUCAAGAUUCUUUCAUCGCUUACCCACGGGAUUCUUCUCAUGCUAUGGCAACCAAACAGGAUCAAUCGAUCUUUUCUUCUUCUUCGCGUAAAAAAUUACAUCCUUUUGUUAAUUCAGAUUCACGCUCUGAUGCCCCUGCAUCCCAUUCAGCUCUUCUUUCCGAUGAAAUAGAGUACGAGGAUGUUUUGAACGAGGCUUCCCCUUCUAACGAGCCCCGUCAUCCUUCUUUCCCCAUACAGCAUCACCUUCCUCAUGCCCGUCAGGAACAGCAACAACAACAACAACAACAACCUAAACCUCAUCAUCACCAUCUUCAUCAUCAUCAUCCUCAGGAGUCCAAUCCUUCGUUGCCCAUCACUUUUGACCACAAAACCCAACCUGACAUUGACAACGAUCAAAUCUUCCUAUCAUCCAGUUGCCCUACUCAGCAUGGAUUCCCUUCCCAUCCUCAAGACUCCUUUAAGGACAUCCAGCCCAAUUCUGAUUUAGCAUCCUUACCCAGAAUCCAGCUCAUGCUUCUUGGAGCCGACGACAGUGAAAUAAAGAAAAACGCCCUUACUCAAGUUGAUUAUCUCUCUCACGAGUGGAGUGAGACCGACAUCUGGGCUAGUUGGCGUGAAAUCACAAAAUCAAAAAAUAGCUACGAGAAUGGCUUGCGUUUAGAAAAUGCUUCUUGGCGUUCUUGGAUUAAAUAUAAAUAUCAUCUUCCCACCAUCUCUCCUGAAACUUUGAAUUGGCUAAAAGAAUGCGAUGUUACAUGGCUUUAUGGCCCGUUACUCCAUGCUUCAAUGCCUUCUAUUCAUAAUUCACAAAUAUUGAAACAACAGCAAACUCAUGCAGAUGGCUCCAAUCAAAAUCAGGAUGGGAACGAACAGCACGAUUCCGGUAGCGAACGCAGCUCUCAAACGUCUAUAAACAAAAAGCCAAUCUUAAAGCGACGUUCUCCGCAAGAGGUCUUACUUUCUGGUCGUGAUGUUACGCCUCGUCCCCAGGCUUCUCGUUUGGACACCUUGUUGCGUUAUCCCUCCAAUGAGGCAGCUUCAAAUUCAAACGUCCAUGGUCUUCGGGGUCCCGUGUUCCGUCCAUCCCAUUCUGCUCAGCCAUCUCGACGAAUUCAUUUUAAUGACAAAGUCCAACAGUGCAUUGCUGUCGAUUUUGUCCAGAGUUCUAAAAAUUCUAGCGCAACUGAUUUAGACGACUAUGCCGGUUCUGAAGAGACAAAGAAAUCAGACGAAGACUCAAAUGAAGUUUUUUUGGACGGUCCUCGUGCAUCACAACCAAACAAUUCGCGUAGCAUAGCCGAGUUACCUGACUCAACACUUAAAGUAUCAAUCGAAGAUCAAAUUUACAACCAGGAGAAUAAGGACCAUUUUGGUCGUGACGGUAGAAGCCGCUUUCCCAGAAUCCCAGAGUAUUAUGGUGAAAAUGAUUUUGAGGAAGAUGAAAUAUAUCGCGAAGAUCGCCAUUAUGGAGGCUUUGAAGAUUACGAUCACAACAUCCUUGUCGAUGGCGAGGGUGAUGGGUACUAUUCCGACGACGAUGCUUUCGCUGUUGAAGAUAUCAGCAACUAUCGUGGUGAGCAAAGUGAUGAUUCUAGCAAUGAUGAGUCUCAGUUCUUGGAGUAUGCCAACGAUAGGAAUGGUUCUGACGAAGACGAAUUAAGUGAAAGUCCUCCUGACCAUGAUUCUAUGCCGUCAAGUCCUUAUUCUGUUUUCUCUCGUACGCCAUCCGAUGCGGGCUCAAUGGGAAACAGAAGUAUUUAUUCUCCGUACCUGCAUUCCCCCAAUGAAUCGAACGUUUCACGUUCUGUGGAUGAAAGAACGGGCGAUGAGCAUUACAUUGACAUGAACGAUAUGGUAUCAAACAAUAAUAAAUCUACUCGUAAAUUAACUGAACCGAAGACGGGUUCCUCUUCGUCGGUUUCCUUUUCAAAGCAAAUUAGCCCUGCCACACCUACGAUUGCUGAAAACUUGCAAACCGUUUCACUUGGUCCAUCUUCCAUGGAAUCUGAAGUAAAAGGUAUAAAUUUGGUUGAUGGAGCGAAUUCUCCUAAAGUACGUAGUACCCAAGUUGACAAUACGCAGGUGCGUUCAACGGACCAACCAACAAACAGAAGCAAAGAACAGCAGAAGGGAUCAAGCCUGAAUACGGAUCCCUCGAAUAGGUUGGUCGGCAUGUUGCAAAAUAAAUUGAAGUCGUGGAACGAAUAGAUUGCGGAAGUUUAAUUUUUUGAAUUUUGUGUUCAUUGAUGAAACGAAUUACUGUUUUUCGAGCGGAAAAGAAAGAAAACAAAACUGAGAGCAAUUAUAUUACAUGUGGAUUGCGAAUUUCUCUUACUGUAAACUAGUUUCGCUGAACUGAACGUUUGCGUUUAUAAUGAAGUAUUUAAAAUCUUAUAAUAUACCGACUAGAGCAUUGAUUAUUUCACGAUUCUUUUAUUUCUUUUUUUUUUUUACUUUAUUUUCUCAUGUGGAGAUAUAUUAAGUCUGUUGGAAGUUGAGUUUUCCUGGUUGUCGGACAGACUAUGUAUGCAUCACGAUCUUUUGUGAUUGUGUAUGUAUUAACGAAUUUUCUUUCUUUCUGUACGGCGGUCCACUUAUGAUAUUUAUGUAAUUUUAAUCUAUUUUGGAGUAUAAAUCUUAAUUUAAGAAAACUAAUAUUCAUGAUUAAUAAAUAAAUGAUUUUGAGGCAUCUCGUAA